GUUGAGAGAGUUGUACGGUAACUGUAGUUGCUGAAACCUAUAUCCUGGCUUCAGUGAGUACCUCCUCUCACCUAUAGUCACUGAGGAAGAGCGAAUGACAGCCGGUGAUUCACUGAAUGAAACUAAUCUGAAAAUCAAAGCCCUACAAAGUCCGGAGGUCAUCCGAGCUUCUGAAGUCUCGCAUAUAAUGUUCACUGAUAUUCAAAAAUCUUUGGAAAAGACUCCAUUCCACCAAACCAUUGGUCAAUACGAACUGGCUGGAAAGUCAUUUGAUGAGGAGUUCCGAGUAUCAUUCCGAACGAACGCUGAUGAAGGCAGAGUGCUUGACUUGGUAAUCAACGUUAGUCCCUCACUGUACUUUGACAUUGGUCCUUUUCUGGAUCGAUUUCAAACCGAAGGCAAUUUGCUUGGAUUCUUUCGCGUGCUUGUACACCAAGCGAGGCUGCUUUGGGAGCGACGGCGGGUUUUCUCGUCAUUGAGUUCAAGAUAUGAAGAAACGGAUAUCAAAGUUGAAGAAAUUGGAUACGAGCAACUAAAGUUUUCUAGCGACAGUGAAGAGCAGCCGGAUUUAUUGCUAAGCUGGGAGAUGCCUCGAACGGAAAUACCAGAUCAAGUGGAAGGUAUGGAUGUUCCGAAACGAGAAGCUCCAAACAUUCAAUUAGAGGCAGUUGUCUCUCGUCGGUCUGCGCUGGACGCGGAUGGUGUUCUGACCAAACUUCCUGAACGAUUUAAGCGCUUGAUGCAAAGGGUUGGUGUAGAAGAGGCGACAGCAACUCUUGUUUCAGCCAUGUACUCAGAGUAAAUUACGGAUUCUACUAAAAUAAUACUAUGUUCGUUAAGCACUAUCUAUGGGUAUAAUACGCUGUCAUAAUGUUCCUGAUCCUAAAUGUUUGGUUGACUGAAUACCGGCGG